ACCAGCAAGAAUGAAAAAGAUAAACAAAUGUUGAUCAAAAUAGAUUUCAGCAUCUUAGCCCAUAAUGCUAACAUAUACACAUAAAUAUAAAACCAAAAGAUAGCUGAAAAUAUGUAUACGUGGAUUUACUUAUUUGGAAUAGCUCCAUUCCAACUCACUCCCACAAGGUAAGACAAUUCUCCAUCAAAACCCUAUCAAUAGGAUAACCAAAUCUAAUUGCUCAAUGCCAAAAUAAAACCCACUAAGCAUUUGGCCACACCAACAAUGGCAUAAACUAAUGAGAGCAUUCCAAGCAUUUUUUACUCAAAGCAAGGUAACUAUUAGAUUAGGGAAGACAUGUUGUCAUAGCAAGGAAGUGAUACACUCAUGCUUUAAUAAAUAUCUAAGGUUCACAAAAUCUUAAAGUAAUUAGACUUGACAAACCAAUGAAGUAAAUCUAACAACAAAGUCUCCAAGGGCAUUUCAACAAGCACCUUGUGUGCAUGAUCAAAAAAUAAGUGUUAGCAUAAUUUUGACAACAACCAUGCUAAUAAUAAUACAUACAUACAUAAAACACAGAAAAAGAUUUCGGCCAAGCAAGGAUUUUUCAAAGGCUUAGCACACGCACAACCAACACAAGGCUCACCACUCAAGACAAACAUAUCAAAGCACAAGGGACAAGGUUUCAGCUGAAAGUAAAUUGAGAGCUUGCUGACCAAAUAGCUAUAGAAAAUAAGCCACUCCACUCUAGAGCUUCCUCUCUAACCUCCAGCCAACCAAGCUUUCUAAGGUUGUAACAAGAUAAAGAAGAAGAUGAUGAAGAGAACCUUAGCCUUUUGACAUUUCCUAUGCCAAGGAAUGGCUUCUGUUGUGGCCAAAGGAGAGGGAGAACAAAGAAGUAAACCAUGGUUGACCAUGCUUGAUUGGUGUGGGGCUCACAUAUCAUAACACCACAAGUAGAGAUCCAUGGAUUAAAAAUAAAUAAAAAAAUCUUGUUCCGCGGCUUCCGCCUUCCUUCUCAUAACAUUACAAAUAUCAUAACAUCACACCACAUUAAUUUGGAGUGUGCAAAGAAGAAAAUCUCACAAAUCACAAUUGAGAGGUGCGCAAAUGGACUUUGUUGGGAAACUUUGCAUUGGGGCUGUCUGUUCUUGCAUUCAGAGUCCUGUUGCACAAAAGAGAAACUUGAUAGUUUAGACAGCCCCAUGGAAGCUCUCAUGGCCAGGAAGAGGGACUUUGAGACACAGCUUGAUAUUCCCUGCAGCUCAAGACAAAGACCAACCUAUCAGCUUCAACUAUGGCUCGAAAAGGUUAGUGAAAAAGAUGAGGAGGUAAAGCAGUUGAAAGAUAAAUUUGGCAAACAGGGAUGCAUUUUUGGCCCUUGUUAUCUAAAUUGUUAUUCAAGGUAUAGAACAAGUAGAGAUGCAAUGAUUUUAUUGAAUGAGAUAAAUGAGUUGAAAGAAUAACAAUUACAAGUUUCAUUUGUAGAGGAACAACCUCCUAUACCAGUCCCUGCUUCAUUAAAAGUAGUGGGAAGAGGAAUUGGUUCAAAUCUUGAUGUUACUCGCAGUUAUCUAACAGAUGAAACAGUCGGAAUGGUGGGGAUAUGGGGCAUGGGGGGUGUUGGCAAGACCACACUAUUGAGAAAAAUCUACAACUCAUUGUUGGAUGAUGAAAACACAGGAUUCGAUUAUGUAAUAUUGGUUGUGGCUACAAAAGAUGUUCAGUUGGAAAAGCUUCGGGAAGAGAUAGCUACAAAAUUGCAAUUGAUCAGUUCAUCUAGCAAAGAAGGCAUAUCCAAUUUCUUGAAAACUAAAAAUUUUGUAUUGCUCUUGGAUGAUAUAUGGGUUGUAGUAGAUCUUGUGGAACUUGGGAUUCCUCAUCCUCAUAGUAACGACAACUCCACCAAACAAUACAAGCGGAAAGUGAUUUUCACUACUCGAUCUGAAGAAUUGUGCACUAAGAUGAGGGCUGAUGAGAAGAUUAAAGUGGAAUGCUUAGAGCCACAAGAAGCAUGGGAUCUUUUCAAAGAGAAUGUUAACUUAGAUGUUAUUGAGUCGGAUGUGAGGAUGAAGGAAAUAGCAAGACAAGUGAUGAAUGAAUGCAGAGGUUUGCCGCUCACUCUUAUACUGAUUGGUAAAGCCAUGUCGAACAAAAAGAAUUUUGAAGAGUGGGACUAUGUACUCAGGUCUAUGAGGAAGUCCAAAACUAGUAUAAUUCAAGAUGUUGAGAAAUCAUUGUAUCCAACUCUAGAAAUAAGUUAUGACAAUCUCCCUAAUAAACUUUGUAAAGAUUGUUUUCUAUAUAUUUCUUUAUGGCCAAGAGGUGUCGGUAUCUCCAAUGAAGAUAUUAUAGACUUCUGGAUAAGACUUGGACUAAUCCAUGAAUUUGAUAAUCUGAGGGAAGCUUAUGGUCAUGGGCAGUAUAUCCUUCGUUUACUAGAGGCAGCAUGUUUGUUGGAGCCUUAUGAGAAAGCAUAUAUGGAUUUCAAAAAAGAUCUGAGGUUACAUGAUGUGAUUCGUGAUAUGGCUCUGUGGAUAGUGGCAAAGUCUGAAGCUAGAAACAUAUGGAUAGCAAAUGCAAAUAUGGGAUUGAACAGAAUAUCAAAUGUGGCAGCUAAGAAAUGGCGGUUUGCAGUAGGGGUAUCUCUGAUGAACAAUAAUAUAGAAACUUUACCGAAAUUGACUCAACAAUGUUCUCACCUCCUGAGCUUAAUGAUGCAACAUAAUUUGAAUUUGAAGAAUAUUCCUGAUGGAUUUUUCUUGCGCAUGUCAAAUCUUAGAUAUUUGAAUCUAUCCGAGACUAAACUUAGAAGACUUCCAAGAGACGUAAAAUGUUUGGUUAAUCUGCAGUACCUCAACAUUUCAAAGACGGAAAUCUCAGUUCUACCAUCUGAGAUGAUAAACUUGCAAAAUCUGCAAUUUUUGAUCUGUCAGCAUUUGUGGUGGGAUCACAUAACACCUGAUGGAUUGGUCUCAAAAUUGCUGAACCUGCAGGUUCUUGACAUAUAUCCAAAUGCCGAGAUAAAACUAAAGGAGCUGAAUACAUUGAAAGAGAACAUCAAAGCAUUAGGACUGUGUGUAACGUCACUAAAUGUUCUGCAACAACUUUCAGAAUUACCAACAUGCACAUAUGUUUAGAAAGAUUGUAUGACUUGGUAUCACUUUCAUAUGAUGUUUUAAGUUGUAAAAGCAAUGGAUUCUUGCAAGAGCUAAUAAUCUGUUCAUGUUCACAGCUCGAUGAGAUAGUCAUGAAUGGAAGUGGCACUGAUCUCCGGCAUCUUGACUUGGGUCAUCUUCAGAAUUUAAAGAACAUUGUUUGGAAGGAUGUGGCGCCUCAACGGUUUUUUGUAAUCUGCAGCUUCUGACGAUAAAUGAAUGCCGAAUCAAAGAGUUAUUUACAGAGGAGGAUGGAGAAAUUCAAUGAGUAUCCGAAGCCCCUUCCUUUCCCAGCCUGAGAAGUUUGACACUCGAACAUUCACUGAAUUUAGUGAGCAUGAGCAAUCUAGCAUUGGAUUUUCCUCUUCUUUGCUCAUUUCCAAUAUUUAAUUGUCCGAAUUUAAAGAGGCUUGCAUUCAAACCAGACAUUGUCAACAAAGAAUUUGUACAAAUUCAUUGUGUUAAAGAGUGGUGGGAGAGAUUGGAGUGGGAAGAUGACACCAUCCAGUCUUUCCUUUCAAGAUUCAUCAAUUUUAUUGAGAUCAGUCAUUAUCUCUCAACUGUCCCAUUUUGAUUGAAGGUGUUGGAACUAUAUCCAGUUUAAAGAAGGAUGAAGAUGGUCGACCAGUAUUUGAAUUCAUUGAAGAAAAUUAAAAGCCUAAAAAAUUUCAGAUAUUUGUUAGAGAUCACCAAGUAUCAUACAGAUGCAACUUACAUAUGCAUGUUUCGUUCUUGAUGAAGACUUGGUCUAGUAUAUAAUUCAAAUGAAUCAAAUCUCUUUGAAUUAUUUGUUCUUGUUUUCGUGUAGGAAUACGAAUUGUUGUGUGAACUCUGUAAAUACAUAUUCAUCAAGCGUAUUCAAUAUAAUGAAGAAAUCUGUAAAUAUAUCUUAUACGUACAGUGAUUUUCAUUGAUGGCC